UUUAUCAACUCAUGACGAUAUUCAUUACACCACCAUCACAGAACAAAAUACGAAACCACCGAACACAGUACACCAUUUUGCUAUUUGUGAAUUUGUUAUUGCAUCAGCUGGCUUACAAUCGUGGAUUUUAGCAAUUGUGUAUUAUUUUAACGUAACAAUUGUGUUUGAAAUAGAUAAAAUUAACAAUUAUUUAGUCGAUCUCAACAAAGAACCAAUAGUUGUCAAGACAUUUCAUUCUUAACAAAUUGAAAUUAUGGCUCCGACUAUUGAAACUUUCAUCAAUAGCUUCCAAAAUCGACUGGAGCCUCCAGUUCGACAACAUCUGAAAAAUGUUUAUGCCACACUUAUGAUGACCUGUGUGUCGGCUUCAGUGGGAGUGUUUGUCGACAUGUACACAAGCUUCCAGGCUGGCUUCCUCUCUACUAUUUUAGGAAUUGGCCUGAUGUUAAUGUUGAUUGCUACUCCAGACAAUGGAAAGAACACAAAGCUGCGUCUUGGAUACUUGCUAGGAUUUGGUUUAACAUCUGGAAUUGGUUUGGGUCCAUUGAUGGAGUAUGUCAGCGUUGUUGACCCAUCAAUAAUAGUAACUGCCCUGCUGGGAACUUCGUUGGUGUUUGUUUGCUUCUCCAUUGCAUCAAUGCUGGCGGAACGUGGCAGUUGGCUCUUCCUGGGUGGCACUCUGAUGACACUGCUCACUUCCAUGUCUCUCAUGUCACUGGCCAACAUCUUCAUGCAAUCUCACUUCUUGUACCAAUCCCACCUGUACCUCGGCCUGAUGUUGAUGUGUGGCUUUGUGCUCUUUGACACCCAACUGAUCAUUGAGAAGCGUCGCAUGGGCAGCAAGGACUUUGUACAACAUGCUCUCGAGCUGUUCAUUGACUUCAUUGGAAUAUUCAGAAGACUGGUUAUUAUCUUAACACAAAAGGAAGAACAAAAUCGUCGCCGCAAACGUGACUAAACAUCUAAAUAAACAUCAGAAAUUAUAAAAUGAAAAAAUAUUUGUAUAAUAUGCUAUGAUUAU